AUGGCGCCCAACGCGGUGGAGGCGGAUGCGCCAACGCCAGGCGCAGCAAUGCCCGACGCGGCGGUGGCGGAUGCACCAGUGCCUGGAGCAGCCACUCCCGACGCGGUGGCCCCUGAGCCCCCAGCUACAGAGGCUGUCGCGCCGACAUCGGGCUUGGCGACGGCGGUCACAGCGGCAGCGGGUGCAGCUACGGGUCCCCCGGAGGAGGAUGCGGUUCCCCUUCCCCAGAUGCUGGUCCGGGUCCGGCGGACCAUAGAAGAGGCGACUUCUACCGCCGAGGCAGCCUUCCAGCGGGAGUGGGCGGCCCUGGAGAGCGAGCGCCAGCGCCUCGGCGAUUGGCACACCCGCUUGGAGGGGCGCACGAAGGCCGAAGCCUCCCAUGCUGCGCGUGUUCGGUCCGAACUCAAGGCCGACCUUGAGUCCUACCGAGCCAAUCUUCGGAAGGUGUUCGACCGGGAGUUUGCGGUGGCGACCCGAGAAAAAGCCGUGGCGCUGCAGGAGGAGGCUAUUGCCAAGGAGGAGGCCAGCCUCGCGGCUCAACGGUCCGAGUUCGAGUCUCGCAGCCAGGGACUCGAGGUCUGCAAGCUGGAGCUUGACAAGCUCUCCGAGUCUCUGCACGAAUGGCGCCAGGAGCUGAAGGCGACAGCCAGCAAGCAGGUUGUUGCCGAGUUGGAGCUCGAGGAGGAUAGGAAGUCCCUUGCAAAGCGGGAAUCCCACGCCACCAACAUGGAGCUCCAGCUUGCGCGUCAGCGCGAGGCCCUCAAGUCCCUGAAGGAGUCGGCGGCGAAGAAGGAGGCCAAGCUCGAGGAGAGGACCCACCAGGUGGAAGCGGCCCAGGCAGCACUGGACGCCCGGGUACAGGAGGCGGUCUAG